AUGGCUCCAAAGGUUAGACAAGACUUAGUAGUUCCUUUCAGACACGCUCCAGCAGCCGCUCGUGGUGAUGCUUCUAGUAUGAUUUCACAAACCUUACCUAUGGCAGCUAUGUUCAUGAGAAACAAAAUGUUAUCUUGGGCUGCUGUAUUCUUAGCUAUCCAAGCAUUUUUAAAUGAACCAGUUAAUGUCAUCAAAAAGGAAGGUGAUACUUCCCAACCUCCAGCUUUAAGAAUUGGUUUUGCUCUUAUCUCGUUAGUCACUUGUUAUAUUGAUAUCUUUUUCCCUGGUACUAUGCCAGGUGGUGCCAGAAAAGCUGCUGAUAUCGCUAGUGCCACUGCAAGUAUCGUUGAUGCUGCCAGUACUUAA